AUGGACCCAAAUCCUCGGGCAGCCCUGGAGCGGCAACAGCUCCGCCUUCGGGAGAGGCAGAAAUUCUUUGAGGACAUUUUACAACCAGAGACAGAAUUUGUCUUCCCUCUGUCCCACCUGCAUCUUGAGUCACAAAGACCCCCCAUAGGUAGUAUCUCAUCCAUGGAAGUCAAUGUAGACACACUGGAGCAAGUAGAACUUAUUGAUCUCGGGGAUCAGGAUGGAACAGAUGUGUUCUUGCCUUGUGAAGAUCCUCCACCAAUGCCCCAGACUUCUGGGGUGGAGGACCAUCUAGAGGAGCUGAGCCUGCCAUUGCCCGCGCCAGACAGGACUACAUCCCGGACCUCCUCCUUGUCCUCUGAUUCUUCCACCAACCUGCAUAGUCCAAAUCCAAGUGAUGGUGGAGCAGAUACACCCCUGGCACAGUCUGAUGAGGAGGAGGAUGGGGGCGAUGGAGGAGCAGAGCCUGGAACCUGCAGCUAGCAGUGGGCCCCUCCUGCAGACUGACCAUGCUGGCUAUUCUCCAAGUGGGACCCUAGGCCCAGCCAGAGCCCUUCAGGAGGAGAUCAGACACUUUGCUUACAGUCAGCACCAAAGGGAGGGGAGGAUGGUGGGAUAGCGUACCUCUCUGAGCAUUAACCCUCUUGCUUUUCUGCUAACCUUUCCCGCUGCAACCCUUCCACCAGGUUUUGGCUUACUUCAGAGUUGGACUUGUAAGUGGGGAGUUGGAAAAUGAGGUAGGACAAGAGGCCACUGCUUUUCUUAGCUCUGCUUCCUCCCUAAUCAUCCUGUCGUCUUCCAGUAGAGCCUCCUAAACCAGUGUCUCUGAGUGGACGUGAACUCCUUAGCACUCCAAAUGAGGUGGUACUUCAGCUAUUUUGCCUCCUUACGUCCUUUUUGGAAAAAGACACAGUAUAAAUAAUAAACAAAUAAUAAUAUACCAACCAUUCCACUUC